UUUAAUUUUUUAUCUCAAGCCUGAAGGUUGACGCUUGACACAGAGGUAUCAAGAUAUUUUUGCGGACUCCACGGCUCUGAAUCAAAGUAAUCGAUCUAUGACUCUGAGGCGGUUUCUGCUGGAAUCGGAACGAGCCAUCGUUCUACCUUUUGAUCUUGAUCCUUAAAUCUGUGCUAGUUCAGCGGUGUUUUUGAUAUUCUGCAAAGUGGUGGUGGUGAAUUUUGCAGCACAUGCAGCUCUAGGGGAUGACGGCAGAUUAUUGUUUUGUUAUUAUCCGGUUUGAGAUUAGGGUUUAGGAAGAAAUGGGUGAAUUUACUGUAAGUAGUGAAGAUGCAAUGGAAGUGGUGUUGCAGGAGGAGGAAGGGGAGGGAGAGACACAGGAGGACAAGAAGAAGGACAGCUCUGCAACUAUGGUUAAGUGGGAGGAAAUUUUUCCUCGGAUGUUUCUCAGAGUACUGUUGGUUGAAGCCGAUGAUUCGACUAGGCAGAUUAUCGCCGCACUUCUCCGAAAAUGUAGUUACAGAGUUUCUGCAGUUCCAGAUGGCUUAAAGGCAUGGGAAGCACUGAAAGGGAGACCUCAUAAGAUAGAUCUCAUUUUGACAGAAGUUGAGCUGCCAUUAAUAUCUGGAUUUGCUCUUCUGACUUUAAUAAUGGAGCAUGAGAUCUGCAAAAAUAUUCCUGUUAUAAUGAUGUCCUCACAUGAUUCAAUUAGCAUGGUUUUUAAAUGCAUGUUGAGAGGUGCUGCUGACUUUCUCAUCAAGCCUAUCAGGAAGAACGAGCUAAGAAACUUGUGGCAGCAUGUCUGGAGAAGACAGACUUCAACAGGUAGUGGACAUGGUCAUCAAGAAGGGAGACCUGUACAACAGAAAGUUGAAGCUAUUUCUGAAAACAAUGCUGCAAGUAAUCAUUCAAGCGAUUAUGUUGCUAGAACACAGAAAAAUAAGCAGUGUAGUGAGAAAGGAAGUGAUACUCAAAGCUCUUGUACAAAGCCAGACAGACAAGCUGAGAAUGCCUACAUACAAAAUAUGCAGGAUCAAUUGCAGCCAAAACGUAGGAGUGCUUCUCCUGUGAGUGACAGCCACAUACAAAAACAUGGAGGGUGCAUUGAUCAGAACUUGCUUGUUCAUGAGAAUAGAACAGAAGGAAAAGACCAGGAUUAUGUGAGAAUGAUUACCCAUUCUGAUGAUGUUGCUCCAGAAACUCAAAGUGAAGAUGUUUAUAUCAAUACCAAGACUCAGAGUGGCUACCAUGAAAAGGUGCCUCUGAGAGAGGCAAUUGACUUGAUUGGAGCAUUUGAUAACCACCGAAGUUAUGAUAAUACCUACAGGACAGUUCAAGAAGUUGUUUCCUGUGAUACAAAAAUUAAAUCUGGUUUAGAUGAUGAUCAAUUGGGCCCUACCCCACUAUUGGAGCUUUCAUUGAGAAGAUCCUAUACCAUUGAUCCUGAGAAACAAAGGACUGACAUAAGGCAUGCAUUAAACCAUUCAAAUUUCUCAGCCUUUUCAUGGUAUAAUAACAGAGUUAUGCAGCAAUGUGUUCCAUUAUCGGCCAGUUGUGCUACUGAACAAAGUGAACGUUCAAUUAACUCCGAUAAACAGUUGUCAAGACAAGAUAAUGCAAAAACUUCUGAUGCUUCUCAACAGAAUGGUAUCAGUUCGAAUAAUAAUCAUGAAUCUAUGACCUCUCUCGUUCGUCAGUCUGGCCCAUCUGAAACAGUAUUUCGAUGCUCUCCACUAGGGGUUGUUCAUAUGCCAGUUUCAGUUAGGAGUAUGACAUUUGAUGAUUUACGUUCAAGCUAUGGUGCUCUGAUUCCACCUAUAUUUUAUACACAAUCAAGUCCAAUUCCAGUAUGGGGUCAAAGCAGCCCAGUCAACCAGUGGGAACUCACUGUGCCCCUGAACUCAUCUCUGCAUUCAAAUCCUGAAACUUGCAAUUCCAGACAAGGUUACCAUCCACAUAGUCAAAAUGAAAAUUAUGCUAACAAACAUAAAGUGCAUGAGCUGGAGGAGCACAAUAUGGAAUCUGCAGAGCAUCCAGGGGAUGUUUCACCUGCAACUGGUAAUAGUGCAAGUAGUAGUUUAUGUAAUGGUGCUGUUAGCCAUCUUAACAGCAGUGGUUGUGGAAGCAUUUGCAAUGGAAGCAAUGGGAAUGUCACUCCAGCUGCUGCUGGUAGGACUACUACAGAGAGUGAGACUGAUGAGUGCAUCUUCAUUCAUGAUGGGAUUAGGGGAAUAAAUUCUCAUCGCUCUACUGAAAGAGAAGCUGCUCUCACUAAGUUUCGGUUGAAGCGGAAAGAGAGAUGCUAUGAGAAAAAGGUUCGGUAUCAGAGCAGGAAGAAACUUGCGGAGCAGCGUCCCCGAGUGAAGGGACAAUUUGUUCGCCAAAUGCCCAUGCAACCUUCCAUCUGCUGAUUUUGUUCCUUUAGUUGAUUCGUUUUUGAGAGUGGACGAGAUCUUUCCACCCCAUCGGGGGGGUUGGAGCCAUCCCUGAAUGUGAUGUGGAUGGACCACUGUUGCGGAAUUUCUCAGAUUAUGUAGUUUAAAUUAUAUGCACCUUUUGUUUUGUUGACAGUUGUGCAAGUAGAAAGAUGGUGAGGAUAGGAGUUGUGAAGAUGCCUGUGAAUAUCUUGUUUGGAAUGCAGUCUUUUAUUUUAUAGACUGUAAAUAGUAUUGUAACUAGUCACAGCUCACAGGUGCUUUUCUCUGUCUCUAGUGUUUUUUUUCCCAUAUUUUUUCUUGUAGGUCAGUUCUUGUAGUAUUAUGUGUAUAUCGGUGGAUAAUUCGACUCCUAGGCUUGCAACUUGCAUUCUUGUAAAUGUAUUGAUGCUUGGAUAGGGAUUGUUGUAUUCAUGAAUUCAUGCUUCCACAUUA